UUUAUGGAUAAGAUGGCUGCCUUAUCGGGGGUUCGCGUCUUGGAAUUGGCAGGACUCGCUCCAGCUCCGUUUGCAGGGAUGAUUCUAGCAGAUUUUGGAGCAACUGUUACUAGAGUAGAUAAAGUAAAGUCUUUUAUGACACUAGACAGACUAGCAAGAGGGAAGCGAUCGAUAGCUCUUGAUUUGAAAAGCCCCAGAGGAGUGGAAACUUUUCGCAGGUUGUGCUCCAAGACUGAUGUAAUGAUAGAGCCUUUUCGACCUGGUGUCAUGGAACAACUAGGACUUGGACCAAAAACACUGAUGAAAGAAAAUCCAAGGUUAAUUUAUGCAAGACUGACUGGCUUUGGUCAAGAUGGUCCAAUGGCUUCUCAAGCAGGACAUGAUAUAAACUACAUAGCAAUUUCUGGCAUGCUGUCAAUGCUAGGACGUAAAGAUUCUAAUCUUAUGCCUCCUCUCAAUUUACUUGGGGAUUUUGCUGGUGGUGGUUUAAUGUGUGUGAUGGGCAUACUUAUAGCAUUAUUAGAGAGAAAUAACUCAGGACAAGGUCAAGUCAUUGAUUCUGCAAUGAUUGAUGGGGCAGCUUACAUAGGUUCGUUUGUGUACAAGUCACGUGACAUUUGGCCAGCAGAACGAGGGGGGAAUCUCCUGGACACUGGGGCACAUUUUUAUGAUACUUAUCAAACACUGGAUGGCAAGUUUGUCUCUGUUGGUGCAAUUGAGCCAAAAUUCUAUAAAGUCCUACUAGAAGGCCUUGGUAUUCGUGAAGAUGAUCUCUCGCAACAACUGAACUUUAAAACCUGGGCAGAAAAAAAGAAGAAUUUUGCUAAGGUGUUUGCAACUAAAACAAGAGACGAAUGGUGUGAGAUAUUCAAAGGUACCGAUGCUUGUUUUGCGCCAGUAUUAUCGCUAGAUGAGGCACCUCUUCAUCCACACAAUCAGCGAAGGAAUACAUUUAUGAAAAAUGGAGAUGAAUAUGAACCUACGCCUGCUCCUAAGUUGUCCAGAACACCGGGGAAUUGCACUCCAAGGCGUCAGCCUUCCGUAGGACAGCAUACCAUAGAGGUUCUCUUAGAGGCCGGGUUUGGUCAGGAUGAGGUGACCGAUCUACUUAAAAAGGGUGUCAUUGAAUCCCAGACGAAGUCAUCUCUAUGAAGUAGUGAAGAAAAUCAUGAUUAAUUUUCUUCAUAACUUUCAGAUACUGUUUGCAAUACAUCAGGUCAUGCUAUUUUUUUUCAAUGUUGGAUUACGUUUGCCUAGUAAAUGUUUUAUUGAUAUUUCUUAUUUCUUAAUUUGGGUUCUUUCUUUAUUAAUGA